UAGAAUGCGUUGGAGUGAGUAGGAGCAUGUCGGAGCAUGGCGACGCGAACAAACCACCAAUUUCAGCAUUUUUUAGAACUCAAGUACGUGGUUAAGAAGCGAGAAUGGUAGUCGAAGAAAAAAUGACUCUUUCGAAGGAGAAUCAGACACAGAAUGGAAUAACAACGAAAAAACCAAAAAUAUAUUCGUUGGAAAUUUUAAAGAUAAUCAAGGAAGCGCAACAGCAACAUGGAUUGAGACAUAGCGAUUAUCAACGGUAUCGUGGUUACUGCUCGAGAAGACUUAGAAGAUUGCGAAAAGUGUUGAAAAUGCCACAGGGCGAUAGACGUCAUUUCAAGAGAAGGGAUGUCACUGCAGCUAUGGUCAGUGAGGACAAGUUCUUACAGGUACCCCUGAUGAUGGCCGAGCGUGCAUGGAGCUAUGCGAUGCAAUUACGUCAAGAAUCUAAUACAGAACCAAGGAAAAAGUUUCAUCUAAUAUCAAGACUUAAGAAGGCAGCUGCAUACUCCUUACAGCUGGAGAAUUUAAUAGAGAAUAUAAAUUGCGACGCGCGUACAAAACUAGAGGCUCAGGCAUAUGUAGCCUGGAUGAAUGGUUCCCUGCAAUUUGAAUUGCAAUUGUGGAAACAGGCUAUGGAGAACUUGAAGAAGGCACAAAUGGUAUACGGUAAUCUGGCGGCUGCAUUACCAGAGAUGGAACAAAUUAUAUAUAAGGCACGCGUUGAGGAAUUAGCACCCAGUCUAAGAUACUGUGCUUAUAACAUUGGAGACAGCAGUGCUAUGGAUGAUCUCAUGCAGAUGCGUGGACAAUUGAGCGGCGAACUAAUGGCCAGCCUGGACUCUCUGAUAGCUCAGACACGAGAGAAACAGGCUAAUGUCGAGGAAGUAACAUGGCGUGGAAAAUCUUGUGGUAUGAUCCCACCGCGAGCAGCCGGUUUGAUCAUCGCGGACUCCAAAUUGAACCAGGCUCUGGAGAGAGCUGCUACCAAUCAGGCGAAGAUCGAUUUGCUGGAGGCACAUCUGAUAGACUGCAAAGAUGCUCUAUUAGUAGUGCGUGACCAUUUUAAGAACGACUUAAAGACCAAGGAGAACGACAAGUGGUCGCCGCCGCAGCAUCUGAUCAAUUAUUUGCAAUAUAUUCGGCUGUCUCGCACAUUGGAACGCAAUCUAACAUUGGUAAAAGCGGCGGAGGAAUCUGAGAAGGCGAAGGCGCAGGAUAUAGUGCGUCUGUACGAGGCGGCAUUGCACAAUCUCUUGGAAAUAUCUCAAUUGCAGGACGACGUGGAAUUUUUGGAGGAGCAGGAAGCAAAGACAAAAUGUUACAGGGCCUUCAGAUGUUUCUAUAUGGCUCAGAGUCUCGCCAAUCUGCAUCGGUGGCGCGAGGCUAUGGCGUUGUAUCAAAGAUCACUGCUACAUGUCAAAGACGCACUUAAAUGUAACAAAAUUCUUCCAACCGCGUUGAAGGAAGCCUUAUGCAGUUUAGAAAGUUCUGUGGAAGUUGCACAAUAUGCUGCUCAUGCUCACAGUGUUCUGGAAGAUGGUCAGGAGGAAGAGAGUGGAAGUAAACUUGCCAAAAGCAAGAAACCGCUGUACGAACGUUUGCACGAGUAUAUAGAGGACCCGGCACUUCUCACCAAGCAACCAAACGUCUAUAAACUACCACCAUCGAUGCGCAGUAUUCCCUGUAAACCUCUGUUCUUUGAUCUAGCUUUCAACAUGAUCGAGUUCCCUGAUCUGUCGCACAAAAUGGGCGAUCAGGCUAAGAGAGGACAAGCUGGUCUCACCGGCUUCGUCAAAGGUCUUUGGGGUUGGGGAAACAAAUAAUCAUUAUAUACACAGUAUCAAAAAUUUAAUGCAAUGGAAUUUUAGAUACAUUGUACAGAUAGUAUUAUUAUGACAUACUGUAUAAUUGUUUCUAUUACGUCUCUACAGUAAUUAUAUCGGCCAAAAAGCAUUUUAUUCUAAUGCAUGUUGAACCAAUAUAUUAUUGAGGGGAAAAAAUAUAAAAUGGAAUACUUAA